GAUACAAACCAUAAGGGGGUGUGGUGUCAGGUGGGACAACAUGAAUAGCUGAAGUUGAACUUGAGCUACUCAAACAAAUUCGACCAAAGCACACACAUUCAGCAUCAGUAGUUUCACACCUGCACAACGAGAAGACUGGAGGAUGGACAAGGCAUACAAAAAUAUUAACGGGGACUAUCCCACACCGGACAAUGGCAAAGAGAGGAAAGGCUCCAUGUACCUGGAGGAAGAGACCAGUGCCAAGGCGGGGGUGCUGUCCUGCUUCUUCUCCCUGAAGGAGGAGGUUGGGGCGCUGGCCAAAGCCCUCAGGCUGUUUGAGGAGAAGGGCAUCAACCUGAUGCACAUCGAGUCUCGCCCGUCGCGACUGAACAACCAGGAGUUUGAGUUCUUCAUCAGCGUGGACACCAGCAACUCCAAGUCCCUGGACGAGGUCAUCGACGGCCUGCGCACCGAGAUCAGUGGCCACGUGCACGAGCUCUCACGCAACAAACAGAAGGACACAGUUCCAUGGUUCCCCAAUGACAUCCAGGACUUGGAUCGCUUUGCCAACCAGAUUCUGAGCUACGGAUCUGAGCUGGAUUCUGAUCACCCUGGCUUCACAGACCCAGUGUACAGAACCAGGAGGAAGGAGUUUGCCGACAUUGCCUACAGCUACAGACAUGGCCAGGUCAUUCCCAAGGUGGAGUACACAGCAGAGGAGAAGGCCACAUGGAGCACAGUGUUCAAUGAGCUGAAGACUCUGUACCCCACGCACGCCUGCCGCGAGCACAACCGUGUGUUCCCCCUGCUGGAGCAGUACUGCGGCUACAGGCAGGACAACAUCCCCCAGCUGGAGGACAUCUCACGCUACCUGCAGUCGUGCACAGGUUUUCGGCUGCGCCCAGUGGCUGGCCUGCUCUCCUCUCGGGAUUUCCUGGCUGGUCUGGCCUUCCGAGUCUUCCACUCUACACAGUACAUCCGGCACCAAUCCAAGCCCAUGUACACACCUGAGCCGGAUAUCUGCCAUGAACUCCUGGGCCAUGUUCCUCUGUUUGCUGACCCCACCUUUGCCCAAUUCUCACAGGAAAUCGGUCUGGCUUCCCUGGGUGCCCCCGACGAGUACAUUGAGAGGCUUGCUACUGUCUAUUGGUUCACAGUGGAGUUUGGCCUCUGCAAGCAGGGCUCUGAGAUCAAGGCCUAUGGAGCUGGCCUUCUCUCAUCAUUUGGAGAGCUGCAGUACUCUUUGACAGACAAGCCCAAGAUUCAACCAUUUGACCCUGCAAAGACCAGCCUCCAGAAGUACCCAAUCACUGAUUUCCAACCCGUUUACUUUGUUGCAGAGAGCUUUGAUGACGCCAAAGAGAGGGUCAGGAAAUUUGCCGACACCAUUCCCAGGCCUUUCUCAGUGCGCUACAAUGCGUACACACAACGCAUUGAAGUCUUGGAUAACACCCAGCAGCUGAGAAACCUGGCUGACAACAUCAGUGGGGAAAUUGUGAUCUUGUGCAAUGCCCUGCGGAAGAUGGAGUAAGGAGACCAUUUUGGAGACAUCCUUCAAUACUGAAGUCGUCAAUAUUAGAGGAGCACUCGCUCAAUGAAUCACACAGACAUACUACUCAGCCAAUGAAAAUGCACAUCGAAAUUAGUCACUCAUUGUAAAUAUGAAGUUACAUAAAACAAGUAUUAACUUUAAAUGAAUUAUUCGAUAAGUGAGUGAGUUUUUCGUUAGAUUUUUGUUAACACCAACAAGGAGAAGUAUUAUUUUAACAUACCCUUUUCAGUAUGUUCUAGAAAUCAAACACCGCCACUACAGUAUUGAUAGGUUAACCGAUGUCAUUUUCUGUAACCAACUGAGAGGGAUUACAUUGGAAGAGUGCUGUUCCAGAACUAUUAGCUCGGGCUUUGAAGACGAUCUAAUUCGCACUUGAGUAUUCUAUCUAUAUUGGUUAAAUCGCAAAUAACAAAAAUACAUCCUUGCAUUAUGCUAGAAAUAGCUAGGCCUAUAUAACACAAUAAGGAAAUGCAAUGUGUAUGUCCAGUAUGUUAGAGAAUGUGUUUGAUUAUAUCCUGAAUUCUGAUUAAUCCAAAUGAUCGACUGUUUUUCCAUUCUUUACUAUCACGUGUUUGUAUAACAAUAUAUAUUUGAAUGUGUUAUUAACUUGCCAAAUAAAUGUAUGCUUAAAAGGUUCUUUCAGA